GAGUCAGAUGUCAAUGGGAAGGGAGUCAAGAUGGCAAAACUGUCAGAAGAUCAAAUUUAUGAAAUUCAAGAAACAUUCAACCUGUUUGAUCAAAGAGGAGAUGGGAAAAUUGCUGGCCAUCAGCUUGGUGAUGUGUUGAGAGCUCUCGGGCAGAAUCCGACGGAGGGAGAGAUACGCAAAUGUGGAUUUUCUCAGAAUCCAGAUGCCCGUAUUGCCUUUGAAAUCUUUCUGCCGAUCUUGUCUACGAUAUCAAAGAACCGUGUCCAGGCUCAGUAUGAGGAUUUUGUGGAGGGAUUUAAAGUGUUUGACAAAGAACAAAAUGGAUGCAUUCAGAGUGCUGAAUUACGUCACAUACUUUGUUCUUUAGGAGACAAGCUCACUGAUGAAGAAUGUGACCAGUUAUUUGCAGGACAGGAUGACAGUCAGGGCAAUAUUAUGUAUGAAGAUUUUAUCAAGAUGGUUAUGAAUGGUUGAUGGACUGGGUUGUGUUUAGUGUCAGUGAUGCAACAACGUACAUAACGAUCAUGAUGCAUGUUAUACUUUAACUCGUGCAUUUUUAAUAAUCAUUUAUACACAUAUACAUGUAUUAUAUACAGCUUAUUGUACGCUUUCUCUCUAGUUUUUGUAUUUAACAGUGGUCAGUGGUGAAACAUGUGGAGUGCUAGGGGCACUCUGGCAAUUAAGAAAAUGGUCACGGAAAAAAAUAUCCCGUGGAAAAAUUCUAUCCACAGAAUUGUCCAUGGCAGUUAAUGUAGGAGAUGAUUUUUCAAUAUUAAAAAAAAUAAGAAGAAAAUUCAGAUAAGUGAAACAGAAAAUUUAAGUUCCACAGCAAAAUGAAUGCCAGGGGAAAGUUGAAAACACCAUGGAAAUCUCCACUAUUGCCAUGAUUAAUUGUCAGGGUUGUAUGGGUCUCGGUAGAUACAUUUAGUCAGAAAAGUAGCUUCAGCUUUUUUUAUUAUUAUUAUUUUAUUAUAACAAAAAAAAAAUGCUGUAAAAAUUCUUUUAAUAUUAUUGAACAUGAUCUAACAUGUCUCUGAGAAUUGAAAUUAGGUAAACAAUUAAUGGGUUUCACACAAUUUUCAUGGGCUUGUCUAAAAAUAUAUAAAAAUGUGAUAUUGGAGACCCACCCUCUUGCUCCACCUCUGCCAAUCAAUCUACUCAUGCUGGUUACAGGUUAGACGGGAGUAACUAUUGAUAUAUUUCAAAAUCUACAUUAUUGGUCACGUCACAGAUGUAAUUUACAAACUUCUUAUUUCGUGAUAUCAGUUUCAAACUAUCCCAUGGACACUAAAACAAAAAAUCAUUGUCAGAGAUGUGCCCAUACUGGUUGGUAUCACAUACCCCUCAUUUCAAAAUACCACCCACCAUUUUCAACCAGUUUAUGCGCUUUUUGCCUAGCAUUGACAUUCUCUAAAUAAUUAUGUAAAGUGGCAUUCUCAUUUAUGUGCACUGGGUUUUUUGCCCUACAAAUGAGAACGUGUGAGACUUUAGUUGUUCCGAUUUUGGUGCUCUCUCUCUACAAUUCGAUCACAUCCAACAAUCGGUGCAACUAAUUGCAUAAUGAGAAUGCCCCUUAAUUGACAUAUCUCAAAGUGGAAUUUGCUUGCAGACUCUAGCAAUUGCCUGUCCCUCAAACGUUUCUAGGCAAACGCCUGUUGUUAUCAGUGUGUUAAACUCUAUUGGAAAUCUCAGUUAAAGUUAUAGUUCUUAUUAUUUCCUAUUCAUGCAGACAAUAAUAUUAAUUUCAACUGUUAAUAGGUGUUAAAUUUAAGGGGUUUUUUAUGGAGGUCUUAAAUUAGAAUUAUGUUUUUAUAGAGGUCAGCUUUGAUGCCAAUAUACUAGUAGUGUUACAUAAAUUGAAUCCCAAUGAUAUGGAGCAACUUGUCGUCAUAAUCGCUUUAACCCUUUAGUUUCUUUAAUGUACUAAUCAGUAUGUUGAGAGUUCAAGAGGUUAACAAAGCCACAGUGACUGUUAAGUAAUUUGAGGAUGUUUCAUGAAAACUAAAUUUCCCUUUAGAAUCAGGGGCCUAAUUCACAAAGGUCUGUUAGGCUCUGCUAGACAAUAAAGCAUCCUCUUUGCAAGUCUUAGUAUUGUAUUGCGAGAUCGCAAAGUUGCGAGAGUUUAGUGAAUUAGGCCCCUGGUUGACAAAUACAUUGUGUUCAUUUAGUUCCAGAGCCGUGAUUUUAUCGAGUUUAUAAAUACCACUGCAGUUCUAUCAUUCCAGUGGACCAGGUUUCUUCUUCUACUGUUUUUUUUUUUUUUUCAAAUGUAAUAAAAUAUUUAACGUUA